AUGGCAUCUUCACCAUCUUAUCCGAACAUUGGCAUGCGAAAUACGGGGGGCUUUCAGAGCUGCUUUGGUUGUGAUAAGCAUGGUUCUCCGCCCCGUAUCCCCCAGUAUGAUACUCGACCCGAGAUGAAAUCAACGGAAGACUUUCUCGCUUCGGAAAUGAACAAAUUAUCAGCUCAGGAACGAUCCAAGGCUCUGGAUGAGUUACACUGUGUUGGGGAAGAGUUGAAGGAAACUCCCGAAAUGGUUCGGGGAUCCCUCGAGGAGUUCGAUCGAGUUCUGCGAGAAAGAGAUGAAGCAAUUUACAACUUGGCUGAAAGCCAAAAUCGAUCUUACGUGGAAGAUCCCGAGUUCCGAUUGCGAUUUCUAAGGGUAAAUGAUCACAAUGCAAAUCAGUCUGUCAAUCAAAUGAUUGGCUUUUUGAGUUGCAAAGAGACAUAUUUUGGCAGAGAGAAGGUUGCUCGCGACAUUACCUUGAAUGACUUGGAUAAGGAGGAUGUUGAAGUGAUGUUAUCUGGUCUAUACCAUAUUCAAGACGACACAGACCGAAACGGUAGAUUGGUGGUACACCUUAUGAAACACACGUUGGAGCGAAUGAAUACAAACUCAGUUAUACGCGUGGUGUAUUUCAUUUAUUUCAAUAUAUUGAGUUCAAUGCCAUCGGUCCAAGCGAAAGGGUUUGUUUUUUGUUACUACGACUUCUCAACACCAGAUAGACAAGUGCCAUUGCCUUCACUGGAUCGCGUACUCAAGACAAUGGAUUUUGUGAAAAAUAUUCCUGUUCGUCGCUCUGCUAUGCACUUUUGUCUCAAAGCCUUUCCUGGACGUCUUGCAGCUACAAACCUUAUUCUCGAGAGUAUAUUUAGAAAUCUUCAACGGUCUGCAAGUACCAGAGCUCGGCUGCAUUAUGGAUCCGAUAUUGAGCUCCAAUAUUCGCUUAGGAGUUACGGCCUGAAGCUAGAAACUUUUCCAGUGGACACUGCCGGGAAUCUUCGGCGGGACAUUCUGAAUGUCUGGGUCGACAAGUAUGUUGGUCAAUAUAACAGAAGCAAGUUUGCUUCUGCCAGUCAAAGCACACUUUCAUUGUCUGAACGGGAUGAUUCAAAGGAAAUGAUGGCCACGGGAAACGACCACGCUGUUGACAAUUGGGCCAUACUGCUGAGUGACGUGGGCUCCUCUUUGAGCGCACAGCAGACGGAGGCACAGAUUGUCGAGUCUAGUACGACAACUCAUAAUGCGGCCCGCUCCAAUAGUGCAAGCGCUACCAACGGCUUGAUCAUCGAACCGAGUCCAAAUGAUGUGUUGUUGGGGAGGGGACGUGGCUCGCAGAGGCAUCCAGGCAACGUCCGAUUUCGCGAGUUUCUAAAGGUGUAUCAAGACGACUACAAUAAUGCCCAGAGGUACAAACGAGUAAAUACUCCCACAGAACUUACUCGUAUCUUGCUGCAGGAUGGUAUGAGAUUCUUAAAGAAGGCCGAUGGUGGUUGGGUAGAGAGCGACUUUGCGGAAGUGGAGAAAAAAGUGAAGCAGGUCUUCCGAACUCGUAAAAAGAUGAUGAAGAAGAGUGAUGGAACGGGCAAUGAUUUCGAGUCGAUGUGGUAG